AUGGCUGAUCCCAAAACCUACACUGUCGGUUGGAUCUGCGCCCUUUCCACCGAGUUCGACGCGGCACAAGCCUUUCUCGACGAAGAACAUGAGGACUGUCCGCCAGUUGCCCCAAACGAUAAUAACAACUAUGCUCUAGGCAAGAUUGGGAGGCAUAAUGUCGUUAUUGCUGUCUUGCCGGAUGGGGGGUACGGUACAAACGCUGCUGGGGCUGUGGCUCGAGACAUGCUGCACAGCUUUCCAAAUGUGCGCAUUGGACUCAUGGUCGGCAUCGGCGGAGGGGCGCCCAGCUCAAAACAUGAUGUGCGACUUGGCGAUGUUGUAGUCAGCAGCCGCGACGGAGGCAAAGGUGGCGUCUUCCAGUACGACUUCGGCAAGGCAGUGCAGGACCAGGAUAUUUCCUUCCAGCACACAGACUUUUUAGACCAACCACCCAUGCUGCUACGAACAGCUGUUAGCGCGCUCAAGAGUCGAUAUAAGAGGAAAGGCCAUCAGCUGAAUAACGCGAUUGACGAGGCGUUGGAACGAUGGCCUCGACUGCGGGGGGAGUACUCACGGCCUCCUCCGGCAAGCGACAGACUCUACCGAUCGGAAAUCAUCCAUCCGCAAACGUCAGAAGGAUGCGCCAAGGUAUGCAGCGAUGAUCCAACCCAUAUAAUACUCCGAGCCGAACGAGUUGAACACACCGACGACCCUGCAAUUCACUAUGGGUUGAUUGCCAGCGCAAAUCAGCUCAUGAAGAACGCUACAAUCCGGGACAAACUGGCUGCUGAAUACGGCGUUGCCUGCUUCGAGAUGGAAGCGGCCGGACUGAUGAACCACUUCCCGUGCUUAGUUAUCCGCGGUAUAUGCGAUUACUCGGACUCGCAUAAGAACAAGGAGUGGCAGGGCUUCGCAGCCAUGGUGGCUGCAGCAUAUGCGAAGGAUCUUUUACUUCAGAUUGCGCCAACCAGUGUUGAAACUGAGAAGCCAAUUGGCGAAGUGCUUGGUUCUAUUCAACGAGAUCUGAAGUGUGUGAAUCGUACAACAGAGGAAACACGAGCGGGAGUCAAGCGCUUGAAACGUACGACGGAUGAAACAAAAACGGGAGUCAAGACCAUUCAGUCCCACCAAACGGAACAAACACAUCGUCUUAUUCGCGUCGAACAGGGUGUACUCAAGCUCAGCAAAGUUGAGGACCUAUCGAUUGCCUGCAAUCCUCAUUUCGUCGUACCGUUUCCUUCCGACCCUGAUUUUGUGAAUCGAUCCGACAUCUGGACAUGGAUUGAAGAGCGGCAUGCUGGACCCGGGAGUCGCUUCGCUCUCGUGGGCAUGGGCGGGUUUGGCAAAUCCCAGAUGGCCAUCCAAUUCGCUCACCAACUCCACGCCACCUCAUCUGAAACUAGCAUCUUCUGGGUUAACGCCAACACCAAAGCAACAUUUGAAGAGUCCUACCAAUCUAUAGCAGACGUCCUGGCCCUUCCAGGUCGCCACGACACUGACGUCAAUAUCCUAGCGCUGGUCCGCAAGUGGCUGCAGCGAGAGGACGUGAGCCCGUGGCUCAUAAUUAUCGACAAUGCAGAUGAUGUUAAGAUGCUAUUCUCUAAGGAUGGUAUUGAAACAUACCAAUCGUAUCUUCCUAAGAGAACCAAGAGCAAGAUUCUCAUUACGUCGCGCAGCUGGGACGCUGCAGAGAGGUUGACGGGUAACGUCAAGAUGGUCUACACCGUCCCAACAAUGGAGGAAAAACAGGCUUUACAGCUUCUACAAAGGAAGCUGGGCCGAGACGUCAACGAGGCUGUCGCAUCACGCCUUAUACGCACCCUUGAGUGCAUCCCUCUCGCCAUAAACCAGGCGGCGGCGUAUAUUCACAAACGAAGUCCUCGAGUGACCGUUGAGUCAUAUUUGGAGGAAUUCCAUAACAGCGAACAGCGAAAGGGCACCCUCCUUCGCAGCGAUAGAGGGGAUAUCCAACGUUAUGAAGGCGUAUCUAACUCCAUCGUAGUGACAUGGCAGGUGACGUUUGAGCAGAUCAAACGGGAGCAGCCCAGGGCAGCCGACCUUCUUUCGCUCAUGAGCUACUUUCAGGCGCAAAACAUCCCCGAGUAUAUGCUGCAUAACUACUGUAGUGGCAACAUAGGUUCUGAAGAGAGCGACGAUGAGCAUGCUGAAACCAGUAGCAACGACUUUGAGGAUGACUUGGAUGUGCUCCGGAGCUACUCACUCGUUACCGUGACGGCUAUGUCGGGUUUCCUGGAGAUGCACUCCCUGGCGCAAUUUUGCACUAAAGUUUGGAUCUCAGAAUAUGGUUUCCCUGACCAAUGGAAGACACUCUUUCUUCAAUUAGCCUCACAGCACUUUCCAUCGGGCGUAUUCGAAACUUGGCAACAGUGUCAAACCCUAAUGCCCCACAUACAGCCCUUGUUGAACAAACAGCCGUCAGAAGCAGGCGACCAGCUAAAAUGGAGCAAUUUGCUGACGAAUAUAUCUUGGUAUUUGGUGAUGCUUGGCAACUAUUCCAGGGCGGAGGUCUUAGCACAAGAUGCUGUUAGGGUCAGAAGGGAAAGAUUAGGAGAGGAGCAUCCCUCCACGCUGACAAGCAUGGCCAACCUGGCGUCAACAUAUAUGAACCAAGGCCGAUGGAAGGAGGCCGAGGAUCUGUUUGUGCAGGUGAUGGAGACGUUCAAAAGGGUGCUUGGAGAGGAGCAUCACGACACGCUGAUGAGCAUGGCCAACCUAGCGUCGACAUAUAGAAGCCAAGGCCGAUGGAAGGAGGCUGAGGAGCUGUUUAUACAGGUAAUAGAGAUGAGAAAGAGGGUGCUUGGAGAGGAGCAUCCCGACAUGCUGACGAGCAUGGCCAACCUGGCGUCGACGUACAGAAGCCAAGGCCGAUGGAAGGAGACCGAGGAGCUGGAGGUGCGUGUGAUAGAGACGAGGGAGAGGGUGCUUAGAGAGAAGCAUCCCGAAAUGCUGAGGAUUAUGCAUAACCUGGCGUCAACGUAUAUGAACCAAGGCCGGUGGAAGGAGGCUGAGAAACUGUUUAUGCAGGUGAUGGAGACGUUUAAAACGGUGCUUGGAGAGGAGCAUCCCAACACGCUGACGAGCAUGGCCAACCUGGCGUCAACAUACAGGAGCCAAGGCUGGUGGAAGGAGGCUGAGGAACUGGAGGUGCGUGUGAUAGAGAUAAGAAAGAGGGUGCUUGGAGAGGAGCAUCCCGACACGCUGAUGAGCAUAGCUAACCUGGCGUCGACGUUUUGGAACCAAGGCCGAUGGAAGGGGGCUGAGGAACUGGAGGUGCGUGUGAUAGAGAUAAGAAAGAGGGUGCUUGGAGAGGAGCAUCCCGACACGCUGAUGAGCAUGGCUAACCUGGCGUCGACGUUUUGGAACCAAGGCCGAUGGAAGGAGGCUGAGGAACUGCAGGUGCGUGUGAUAGAGACGAGAAAGAGGGUGCUUGGAGAGGAGCAUCCCAACACGCUAACAAGCAUGGCCAACCUGGCUUCGACGUUUUGGAACCAAGGCCGAUGGAAGGAGGCCGAGGAGCUGAACUUGCGGGUGAUGGAGACGAGAAAGAGGGUGCUUGGAGAGGAGCAUCCCUCAAUGCUGACGAGCAUGGCCAACCUGGCGUCAACAUAUAGGAACCAAGGCCAAUGGAAGGAGGCUGAGGAGCUGUUUAUACAGGUGAUAGAGACGUUCAAAAGGGUGCUUAGGGAGGAGCAUCCCUUAAUACUGACGAGCAUGGCUAACCUGGCGUCAACAUAUAGGAACCAAGGCCAAUGGAAGGAGGCUGAGGAGCUGUUUAUACAGGUGAUAGAGACGUUCAAAAGGGUGCUUGGGGAGGAGCAUCCCUGGACGCUGACGAGCAUAGGCAACCUGGCGUCGACGUACAGGAACCAAGGCCGAUGGAAGGAGGCCGAGGAGCUGGAGGUGCAGGUGAUGGAGACAAGUUUGAGGGUGCUUGGAGAGGAGCAUCCCGACACGCUGACAAGCAUGCAUAAUCUUGCCUUCACUUGGAAAGACCAGGAACGAUGGGAAGAUGCGGUGCAACUGCUCCAAAACUGUGUUCGCUGGAGAGAAAACGUCCUUGGUGUGGACCAUCCAGACACCAUAUCUUCCGCAUCAGCCCUGUCGGACUGGGAGCUAGAUUUCAGGGAAACUAGCCAUAAGUUUACAUAA